AUGUUGGUGGCUAGGCUGACUUGCUUAAAGAGUCUCCCGCUCGUCGGGCUCCGUCCUGUGCUGACCCAAAGCUCUUCAUCCUUGAGGGCACCCACAUGGAAGGCCUGCCCGCCCCUUCUCAUGCCGCAGCAGGGUUUUUCCUCACGGGCUAGGUUUGGGUUCCGCCGUGUGAAAACUGCAAAGGAUCAAAUUAAAGAAGCAGCUUUUGAGCCAGCAACAGAUACAGCCAUCAAAAUUGACAGCAUGGGAAGGAUCAUUCUUGCAGGAGGUGCAGCAGUAGGUCUUGGAGCUCUGUGCUAUUAUGGACUGGGCAUGUCCAAUGAAAUUGGUGCCCUUGAGAAAUCUAUGAUCUGGCCUCAGUACGUGAAGGACAGAAUCCACUCCACCUACAUGUACUUUGCAGGCAGCGUUGGACUAACGGCUCUGUCAGCAGUUGCUGUGAGCAGGACACCAGCACUAAUGGGUCUAAUGAUGAAAGGAUCAUGGCUUGCAAUUGGAGCAACUUUUGCUGCAAUGAUUGGUGCGGGAAUGUUGGUUAGGUCCAUUUCAUAUGAGCACAGCCCAAUGCCCAAACAUCUUGCUUGGAUGCUCCAUGCAGGUGUGAUGGGCGCUGUCAUUGCUCCACUGACCCUCCUUGGAGGGCCUCUGAUGAUGAGGGCUGCCUGGUAUACAGCUGGUAUUGUGGGAGGACUGUCUACUGUGGCCAUGUGUGCCCCCAGUGAGAAGUUCCUCAACAUGGGAGGGCCGCUGGCUGUUGGCUUUGGGGUGGUGUUUGCCUCAUCUCUGGGAUCCAUGUUCCUCCCACCCACUUCUGCGUUCGGAGCAGGCCUGUAUUCCGUCGCCGUCUAUGGCGGCCUGGUCCUGUUCAGCAUGUUCCUCCUUUACGACACACAGAAGGUUAUCAAGAAGGCGGAGACCCACCCGCUCUACGGCGUGCAGAAAUAUGACCCCAUCAAUGCGUGCAUGGGGAUCUAUAUGGACACCCUCAAUAUUUUCAUGAGGCUGGUGAUGAUUCUGGCUAACGGAGGAGGUGGUAAAAGGAAGUAAACGUCAGGAUGGCCUUUCUUUCUUUCCUCAAACCAGAAAAAAACUCAUUUGAAUUCCUAUCAACAAACAUCAGGUGUUAAAAUGUAAGUGCAAGAAGAAUGGUAGAUGAAGAAGAAAGCUUCUGGACUGAAGGGGACUGGCACCAGUUAUGAGUUAAGAAGACGCACUGAAAAAGAGAGGACACUCACUUGAUUUUGGGAGUUCAUCGUUUUUACGGCGAUGGAUGUUUUUGAUGAACCUGUCAGUGUCAUGUUUCUUGACUCUGGUUUUCUUUUUUUAUUUAUUGUCAUCUGGCAUUGAAGUUGAGAAAUGUAUUGGGUUACACCGCGUGUGUGGACUCUAAUAUAUUUUACACGGGCACCAACUGACUGGGCUGUCGGUUCUAGAAAAUUCACCAACGCUGUACUUUUUAACAGACAGUAUCAGUGGAUUUUGGUUGAGUUAACCUAGAAGAAAAAUGUGGUAAAUUCAAUUCUAUGUUUAAUAAACAAAUAAACAAUUCAAACAUGA